CCCGCGGCGGCCGCGCCCGCGGCGCCGGCGCCGCCUCCCGGGGCCCCGGAGCCGAAAUAUAAGCGCAUAGACAUGCCCACGCAGGACGACAUGAUCAUGCAGGACUUCAUGAACAACUGCGCGGUGAAGACCGUCCUCGCGACCGUGAUGGGGGGCUUCCUCGGCGCCGCGAUGGGGGUCUUCUUCGGCGCGUUCGAUCCGAUGACGCCGACGGAGGGAGAGAAGCAGACGAUCGUGCAGCAGCUGAAGAAGGCGGGAAGGAGCACGCUGUCCAAGUCGUACUCGUACGCGAAAGGUUUCGCCGCGUUCGGGGCGCUGUACAGCGGCAGCGAGUGCGUGUUCGAGCAGACGCGGGCGAAGCACGACAUCUACAACAGCGCGUACGCGGGGUGUUUCACGGGGGGCGUCAUGGCUCGGUCGUCGGGGCCGCAAGGGAUGGCGAUGGGGUGCGCGACGAUGGGCGCGCUGUCCGUGUGCAUGGAUAAGUUCAUGGAGCUGCACUGAUUAGGGCGUAGUAUUAUUUGACGAGAUGGAUGAGCGUUGGUUAUUAGAUGGGGCGUUUUGUAUAUCAGUUUACAGUCCCCUC